CUGAACAUAAGACUUAGCGGAGGAGGAGACCAGAUUCUCUUUCGCUUCCGUGCUCCCUCCUCCAGCACGCCCCCAUCAACACCCCGCAGUCAGUCUAAACACUUUUGACAGUAGUCUUCCGAAUGCCAACUUCAAGCGAGCCACUGUCCUUUAGGCCACAAAGCAGGUUCCGAGCUUGGACCUAUAUCUUGUUCAUCUUGAUAAUCGUGGUACCGUGAAUUUAUUGAGCACCUACAUCUCUAAGCCUUAUAAUUCACUGAUUUAUUCAACAAAUGAUUUACUGAGUACAGUGGCUCAGGCACUAGUGUGGGAUCUUGUAAUACAUCAGUGAGCAUAACGCAAAGACUUUUGUCCACACAGUGGGGGGUGGAAAGGGAAGGUGUGGUGGUGAUAAACAAUUAGAAAUGAUAGAGUACGUAUUAGUAGAUGUUAAAUACCACGAGGGGGAAAAGCAGAGUGGGAUUGGAGUGUGGUGUUGAAUAGGGUGAGGGGAGUAGGCAGCCAAGCUGGCAUCUGGGGAAGAGCAUUCAAGGCAGAAGGAAAAGAGCAAAGGCCGUAAAGCAAGAGCUUCCCUGUGUGGUUUGAACAGCAGGAGAACACUGGGGCUGGAUCAAGAUGGAAGAAGGAAGGAAAGCAGAUCAGAGAUGUGUUGGGGAGAGGGCAAAUUAUGAAGGGCCUUACAGACUGUAAUGAGGAUUUUGGAUUUUACUCUGUGGUAAAUGGGGAGCCACUACAGGCUUUUGAGCAGAGAAAUGACCCAGUCUGAUUUAUAUUUUGACAGAAUCACUCUGGCCGCUGUGUUGGGAAUAGAUGUGGGAAGCAAGGGUGGAAGCAGGAAGACCUUGUCAGGAGACUGUGGAGGUUAGCCAGGCGAGAGAUGAUGGUGACUUGGCCAUGCAGUGGGAGUGGAGGAAUCCGGUUGGAUCACCUGGCCGAUUUGAUGUGAGGGCUCACGUAUAGAGGUCUCCGUCUCUCCACCCUGGGGUAUCACUCUUUGGGGGAGGGAACAAGGGGCUCCAGAAUGGCCGAGGAGAAGAAGCUGAAGCUCAGCAAUACGGUGCUGCCCUCGGAGUCGAUGAAGGUGGUGGCCGAGUCAAUGGGGAUUGCUCAGAUUCAGGAGGAGACCUGCCAGCUGCUGACUGAUGAGGUCAGCUACCGCAUCAAGGAGAUUGCCCAGGAUGCCUUGAAGUUCAUGCACAUGGGGAAGCGGCAAAAGCUCACCACGAGUGACAUUGACUACGCACUGAAGCUAAAGAAUGUCGAGCCGCUCUAUGGCUUCCACGCUCAGGAGUUCAUUCCUUUCCGUUUCGCCUCUGGUGGGGGCCGGGAGCUUUACUUCUACGAGGAGAAGGAGGUUGAUCUGAGCGACAUCAUCAAUACCCCUUUGCCCCGGGUGCCGUUGGACGUCUGCCUCAAAGCUCAUUGGCUGAGCAUUGAAGGCUGCCAGCCAGCUAUCCCGGAGAAUCCACCCCCAGCUCCCAAAGAGCAGCAGAAGGCUGAAGCCACAGAACCCCUGAAGUCAGCAAAGCCAGGCCAGGAGGAAGACGGACCCUUGAAAGGCAAAGGUCAAGGGGCUGCUCCAACCGAUGGCAAAGGGAAAGAGAAGAAGGCGCCACCCCUGCUGGAGGGCGCCCCUUUGCGGCUGAAGCCGCGAAGUAUCCACGAGCUGUCUGUGGAGCAGCAGUUGUACUACAAGGAGAUCACCGAAGCCUGUGUGGGCUCCUGUGAGGCCAAGAGAGCGGAGGCACUGCAGAGCAUCGCAACGGACCCGGGGCUCUAUCAGAUGCUGCCACGAUUCAGCACUUUCAUCUCGGAGGGGGUCCGUGUGAAUGUGGUGCAGAACAACCUGGCCCUGCUCAUCUACCUGAUGCGCAUGGUGAAGGCGCUGAUGGACAACCCCACGCUGUAUCUAGAAAAAUAUGUGCAUGAGUUGAUUCCAGCUGUGAUGACCUGCAUUGUGAGCAGACAGCUGUGCCUGCGGCCAGAUGUGGACAAUCACUGGGCACUCCGGGACUUUGCUGCCCGCCUCGUGGCCCAGAUCUGCAAGCAUUUCAGCACGACCACGAACAACAUCCAGUCCCGGAUUACCAAGACCUUCACCAAGAGCUGGGUGGACGAGAAGACUCCGUGGACCACACGUUACGGCUCCAUCGCAGGCCUGGCAGAGCUGGGACACGAUGUGAUUAAGACUCUGAUUCUGCCACGGCUGCAGCAGGAGGGAGAGCGGAUCCGCAGCGUCCUGGACGGCCCUGUGCUGAGCAACAUCGACCGCAUCGGAGCUGACCAUGUGCAGAGUCUCCUCCUGAAACACUGUGCCCCUGUUCUGGCAAAGCUGCGCCUACCACCUGACAAUCAAGAUGCUUAUCGGGCAGAAUUUGGGUCCCUCGGACCCCUCCUCUGCUCCCAUGUUGUCAAGGCCCGGGCCCAGGCUGCUCUGCAGGCUCAGCAGGUCAACAGGACCACUCUGACCAUCACUCAGCCCCGGCCCACGCUGACCCUCUCACAAGCCCCUCAGCCUGGUCCUCGAACCCCUGGCUUGCUGAAGGUCCCUGGCUCCAUCGCGCUGCCUGUGCAGACAUUGGUGUCUGCCCGAGCUGCCGCCCCGCCUCAGCCUUCCCCUCCUCCAACCAAGUUUAUUGUAAUGUCGUCCUCCUCCAGUGCCUCAUCCACCCAACAGGUCCUGUCCCUCAGCACCUCAGCCCCUGGCUCAGGCUCCACCACUACCUCUCCCGUCACCACCACAGUCCCCAGCGUGCAGCCCAUCGUCAAACUGGUCUCCACUGCCACCACCGCACCUCCCAGCACUGCUCCCUCUGGGCCCGGCAGCGUCCAGAAGUACAUUGUCGUCUCUCUUCCUCCUACAGGGGAGGGCAAAGGAGGCCCAGCAGCCCAUCCUUCUCCAGCUCCUCCCCCAUCCUCAGCCCCCUCCCCGCUUGGGUGCAGUGCCCUCUGUGGGGGGAAACAGGAAGCUGGGGAUAGCCCUCCUCCAGCUCCAGGGACUCCCAAAGCCAAUGGCUCCCAGCCUCCUGGAUCUGGCUCCCCUCAGCCUGCACCUUAA